AUGGAGAAUCUCCCUAAGGAGAUACAAAUUUUGGAGACCCCUGAAGAUAUUCAAGCUAGAAGAGAACAAGUUCUUGGUCGUUAUUCAGCUUUUAAAGAUGCCACAAAGCAAAGAAGAUUGAGAUUAGAAGAUGCAAGAAAGUACAUGUACUUCAAGAGAGAUGCAGAUGAACUUGAAAGUUGGAUCAAUGAAAAGUUGCAGACAGCAUCUGAUGAGAGCUAUCGAGAUCCAACAAAUCUUCAGGCAAAGAUACAAAAGCAUCAAGCUUUUGAGGCAGAAAUAGCAGCUCACUACAACACUUUGGAAGCUUUAGAUCAAGCUGGAAAUGCUAUGAUUAGUGAAGGACAUUUCAAUUCUGAAAUUAUCAAGGAACGAUUGGAAGAAUUACAUUAUUUAUGGGAUAUGCUGUUUCACAAGUUACAAGAAAAAGGACUCAAGUUAAAGCAAGCUCUAAGGCUUAUUCAGUUUAUGAGAGAAUGUGAAAAGAUUUUCUUCUGGAUUAAUGAUAAAGAAGCCUUCCUUAAUCAGAAUGAGUAUGGACAGGAUUUGGAACAUGUUGAGGUCUUGCAGAAAAAAUUUGAUGAAUUCCAGAAAGAUUUAAUUAAUCAUGAAGAGCACGUGACUGAAAUCAAUCAAUUAGCCAACAAACUUAUUGAUGAAGAUGAUCACCCUGACAAAGACACUAUCCAGAGUAAAAGAAUGGAAUUAAAUGAAGCAUGGGAAAAGUUAAAAAAUUUGGCAUCAAAAAGAGAAAAGAGUUUGUUUGGAGCUCAUGAAAUUCAGAAUUUUAAUAGAGAUGCAGAAGAAACGAUUGCCUGGAUGAUUGAAAAAGAUACACUGCUAUCGUCAGAUGAUUAUGGUAGAGAUCUUCCUUCUGUUCAAGCACUUCAAAGAAAACACGAAACUUUGGAAAGAGACUUGGGGGCUUUAUGUGAAAAGGUCAAGAAUCUUGAAAGUGAAUCAAAUCGUUUGAGUGAAAUUCAUCCUGAUCAGGUAGAAGACAUCACAAAGAAGCAACAAGAUAUUCUUAACUGCUGGCAAAAUCUUAUUGAAAAGGCUUCAAAUAGAAAAAACAACUUGGAGUCAUCAUUUUAUCUGCACAGGUUUCUGUCUGAUUACAGAGACCUAAUCAGCUGGAUAUCUGAUACAAAAGCUAUUAUAACUGUUGAUGAAUUGGCUAAAGAUGUUGCAGGUGCUGAGGCUCUUCUGGAAAAGCAUCAAGAGCAUAAGGGAGAAAUAGAUGCUAGAGAAGACAGCUUUCGACUGACAGCAGAAGCAGGACAAAAAUUGUUAGAUUCCAACCACCCAGCAGUUCAGGAAGUCAAAGAAAAACUAGUUACAUUAGCUAAUGAGAAGACUAGUCUGUUGGAAUUGUGGGAAAACAAGCGGAUAUUAUAUGAGCAAUGCAUGGAUCUUCAACUGUUUUAUAGAGAUACUGAACAGGCAGAUGCAUGGAUGACUAAACAAGAGGCAUUUUUAGCAAAUGAAGAUCUGGGUGAUUCAUUGGACUCCGUUGAAGCCCUCAUCAAGAAGCAUGACGACUUUGAAAAGUCAUUGGCUGCUCAGGAAGAAAAAAUUAAAGCUCUGGAUGAAUUUGCAUGUAAAUUGAUUGAGAAUAAUCAUUAUGCUGCUGAUGACGUGAAGAUUCGUAGAGAUGCUCUAUUAAAUCGAAGAAAUUUGUUGAAUGCAAAAGCUAAAUCAAGACGUCAUGUGUUGGAAGAAUCUUAUAAAAAUCAAAUGUUUGAAAGAGAUUAUGAUGAAACAAAGAUAUGGAUUCAUGAGAAACUGAAAGCAGCGUCUGAUGAAGGCUAUUUGGAUCCUACCAACUUGCAAGGAAAGCUACAGAAACAUGAAAACUUUGCUUCUGAGCUGCAAGCAAAUCAAGCUCGCAUCGAAACUGUAACAAAAUCAGGCGAAGAUCUUAUCAGCCAAAAUCAUUACAACAAAGAUCAUAUCAAAGAAAGGUUGGGAGAAAUCAUUAUGCUCUGGCAGAAACUAGUUGAUCAAAGUGACAGAAAAGGGUCAAAAUUGAAAGAGGCAAAUGAUCAACAGCAGUUCAACAGAAAUGUUGAAGAUGUUGAGAUCUGGCUAGGAGAAAUAGAAGGACAAUUAACUUCAGAAGAUUUCGGAAAGGAUUUGACUAGUGUGCAAAACCUGCAAAAGAAACAUUCUCUGUUGGAAGCAGAUGUAGCUGCCAGGCAGGAUCGAAUUGACAGCAUCACUCAGGCUGCUGAUCAGUUUGUUCAAACAGGUCAUUUUGAUGCUGACAAUAUUAAGGCAAAACAAUUGCACCUAAUUGAAAGAUACAGAGCUCUUCAUGAACCAAUGCAGUUGAGGAAACUGAAGCUGAGAGAUGCUCUCAGGUUGCAGCAGUUUUUUAGGGAUAUCGAAGAUGAAGAGGAUUGGAUCAGAGAGAAGGAACCCAUUGCUGCUUCUACAAAUAGAGGUCGGGAUUUGAUUGGUGUCCAAAAUUUAAUAAAAAAACACCAAGCUUUGCUAGCCGAAAUAUCAGGCCAUGAUAGCCGAAUCACUUCUGUAUGUUCUCAGGGUGAAAAUAUGGUAAAAGAAGGCCAUUUUGCUGCUGAUGAUAUAAUUAGGAAGGUCAAGGAACUAAGAGACAAAUGGGAAAUUUUAAAGAACAAAGCCAGCAAACGUAAAGAGGAUUUGGAUGAUUCUUUGCAAGCCCAGCAGUACUUUGCAGAUGCCAAUGAGGCUGACAGUUGGAUGCGUGAAAAGGAGCCAAUUGUUGGCAACACAGACUAUGGAAAAGAUGAAGAUUCAGCAGAAGCACUUUUGAAAAAACAUGAAGCCCUAAUGUCAGAUCUUGAUGCUUAUGGAACCGUCGUUGAACAACUCAAGGAACAAGCCCAACAAUGCAAACAACAAGAGGCACCUGUUAUUGAUGACAUUGGUAAAGAAUGUGUUGUUGCCUUGUAUGACUAUCAAGAAAAAAGUCCAAGGGAAGUUUCUAUGAAGAAAGGAGAUAUUUUAACACUUCUAAACAGUGCUAAUAAGGAUUGGUGGAAAGUAGAAGUUAAUGAUAGACAAGGCUUUGUACCUGCUGCUUACGUCAAAAAAAUUGAUUCCAAUCUAACAGCAUCACAAAGUAACUUGGCAGAUGAAUAUACCAUAUCAGUCAGACAAGGGCAGAUAGAAAAUCAAUAUAAAAAUCUCUUGGACCUUGGCAACCAGAGGAAAGAGAAGUUGGAUGAAUCUUGUAAAGCCUACCAACUUGUUAGAGAAGCUGGAGAGUUGGCGCAAUGGAUUGCAGAUAAGGAAACUGUGGUUAAAACAGAUGAAGAUAUUGUUGAUUUAGAACAAGUAGAAGGAAAGCAAAGAAAAUUUGAUGACUUCAGAAAGGAUUUAAAAGCUAAUGAGGCUCGUCUAGAAGAACUGAAAACCGUGGCUCAAAGAUUAACUGCAAUGGGACAAACUGAGGCUGCAGAAAAAAUUAGGAUACAAAUUGAUGACCUAAACCAAAGAUGGGCAGCUUUAGAGCAGGUGACACAAGAAAAAGCCCAAACACUUGGUAGUGCUUAUGAAGUUCAACGUUUUCACCGUGACGCUGAUGAAACAAAAGAUUGGAUUGAGGAGAAGGAAAAUACUUUGAAGUCACCUGAAUUCGGAAAUGAUUUGGCAACUGUUCAACGUCUUCAAAGGAAGCACGAAGGUCUUGAAAGAGAUUUGGCAGCAAUAAAUGAGAAAGUGAAAGACCUUGAUAGUACAGCUGCUCGUCUUAUGCAAACUCAUCCUGAUCAAGCUCAAACAAUUUUUGACCAUCAAGCAGAAAUAUUAGAUAAAUGGAAUUCAUUAGUCAAGAAUUCUGAUAGUCGAAAAGCAAAAUUACUUGACUCGUAUGACCUUCAACGGUUCUUGAGUGACUUCAGAGACCUCAUGUCGUGGAUCAAAAGCAUGACUACCCUUGUUUCGUCUGAUGAACUGGCAAAAGAUGUCACUGGUGCAGAAGCUUUACUUGAAAGGCACAAAGAACAUAAAAUGGAAAUUGAUGCUAGAAACGGCACUUUCCAAGCUUUUGAACUGUUUGGAAAUCAAUUACUGCAAAAAAAUCACUAUGCUGCCACAGAAGUUAAAAAUAAACUUGAUGAAUUAAGAGUUGCUAGAGGUAACCUUGAAAAAGCCUGGAUAGAGAGGAGAGCAAAGCUAGACCAAUGUUAUGAGCUGCAACUGUUCAACAGAGACUGCGAACAAGCAGAAACCUGGAUGGCUGCAAGGGAAGCAUCUCUUGAGGACAGUGGAGAUGGGACAGGAGACAGUGUUGAAGCCCUUUUGAAAAAACAUGAAGAUUUUGAUAGGGCAAUCAGUUCACAAGAAGAAAAGAUUGCAAAUCUACAACAAUAUGCUGAUCAAUUAGUCAGGGAUGGACAUUAUGACACAGCAGGAAUAGAGAACAGACGAGAUGAAGUUCUAGAGAGGUGGAAGAAAUUGAAAGAAGCAUUGCUCGAAAAUCGUGCCAAGCUUGGUGAAGCUCAAUCUCUGCAGCAGUUCUCCAGAGAUGUUGAUGAAAUGGAGAUUUGGAUCAAUGAAAAGUUACAAACUGCAAUGGAUGAAUCCUACAAAGAUCCUUCUAACAUACAGGCCAAGCAUCAAAAACAUCAAGCAUUUGAAUCAGAACUUGCCGCCAAUACUGACAGAAUUCAAGCAGUUUUGAAGAUGGGAGAAAAAUUAAUAGAAAAAGAUCAGUGUGCUGGAUCUGAAGAUGCAGUUAGGGAGCGUGUGCAUAAACUUCUUGGGGACUGGCAGUUUCUCACAGGAAAGUCAGGAGAGAAGGGAGAUAAAUUGAAAGAGGCUAACAGGCAGCGUAUGUACACUGCGGCUGUCAAAGAUUUGGAGUUUUGGCUUGGAGAGGUGGAACACAUGUUAGAAGCCGAGGAUUAUGGCAAAGAUCUGGCCACUGUUCAAAAUCUUGUUCAAAAACAUAAGCUGCUGGAAGCUGACAUUCAAACUCACGAUGACCGCGUUAAAGAUUUAAAUGAUCAGGCAGAUGCUUUCAUUGAUACAGGGAUGUGGGACACUGAAAAUAUAAAAGAAAAGAAACAGUCCAUCAAUGAAAGAUAUGAAAGGGUGAGAACGUUGGCAGCCCACAGGAGAACUCGUUUGAAUGAGGCUCAAACACUCCAUCAGUUCUUCAGAGACAUUGAUGAUGAAGAGGCAUGGAUCAAGGAAAAGAAGUUACUAGUUGGGUCGGAUGACUAUGGUAGAGACUUGACAGGUGUUCAGAACCUGAGGAAGAAGCACAAGAGAUUGGAAGCUGAGUUAUCAAGUCACGAUCCCUCUAUACAGUCCGUUCAAGACACUGGUGAAAAACUUAUGGCUGACUCCAGUCUGAUGACUUCUGAUAUCCAACAAAGGGUCAAUCAACUAGGGGCUAACUGGGAUGAAUUGAAAGAGUUAGCUAAGAAUAGAGGGAAAAAGCUUGAUGAGAGUUUGGCUUACCAACAGUUUGGUGCAAGCAUUGAAGAGGAGGAAGCCUGGAUAAAUGAGAAACAGCACUUACUUUCUGGUGAUGACUAUGGAGAUUCGCUAGCUGCAGUUCAGGGGCUUCUGAAAAAGCAUAAUGCAUUUGAAACAGAUUUCAAGGUGCAUGAAGACAGGUGCAAUGAAAUUACAAAGGAAGGUGGCAAGCUCAUUUCAGAAGGUAAUCACAAUGCUGACAACAUUAAGCAACGUUGCCAGACUCUUAAGGCCAAACUGGAAUCACUACAAGGGGCAGCAAAUGAUCGCAAAACCAAUCUUGUUGAUAAUUUUGCUUUCCUCCAGUUUAUAUGGAAAACCGAUGUCGUAGAAAGCUGGAUUGCUGAUAAAGAAGCACAAGUAAGAUCAGAGGACUACGGACGAGAUCUUUCAUCAGUGCAGACUCUCUUAACUAAACAGGAAACAUUUGAUGCUGGCUUGCAAGCAUUUGAGAAAGAGGGAAUCCAGACCAUCACCUCAUUAAAAGAUCAACUUAUUUCUUCGAAACAUUCACAAACACCAGCAAUUGAAAAAAGAUAUAAUGACGUUAUCUCAAGAUGGCAAAGAUUGUUACAAGAUUCUGAUGCUCGCAAGCAGAGGCUUCUUCGUCUGCAGGAGCAAUACAGGCAGGUCGAAGAUUUGUAUUUGACAUUUGCUAAAAAGGCAUCAGCUUUUAAUUCCUGGUUUGAAAAUGCUGAAGAAGAUCUGACGGAUCCUGUAAGAUGCAAUUCCGUUGAAGAAAUUAAAGCUCUAAGAGAAGCUCAAGAUCAGUUUAAAGCUUCUUUAAGUACUGCAGAAUCAGAUUUUAAUCAAUUGGCCCAGUUGGAUAAGCAAAUCAAAAGUUUCAACGUAGGCCCUAAUCCAUAUACCUGGUUCACAAUGGAAGCUCUUGAGGAUACGUGGAGAAACCUUCAGAAGAUCAUCCAGGAAAGAGACAUGGAGCUAGCCAAUGAGCAACACCGCCAAGAAGAUAAUGAUGCCUUGAGAAAGCAGUUUGCUGUGGCUGCCAAUGCUUUCCAUCAAUGGCUUACAGACACUAGGGCUGCAAUGACAGAAGGUUCAGGAACAUUAGAACAACAAUUGGAGGCCACAAAGAGAAAGUCUGCUGAAGUGAGAGCUCAGAGAAGUUUGCUGAAAAGAAUUGAAGAGCUGAGUGCUUCGCUUGAACAGAGGCUUAUUCUUGAUAAUAGGUACACUGAACAUAGCACAGUAGGAUUGGCACAACAGUGGGAUCAGCUAGAUCAGUUGGGUAUGAGAAUGCAACAUAACCUUGAACAACAAAUUCAAGCCUGCAACCAAAGUGGCGUUACAGAAGAUGCGUUGAGAGAAUUCAGCAUGAUGUUCAAACAUUUCGACAAAGACAAAACAGGCCGAUUGAACCAUCAAGAGUUUAAGUCAUGUUUACGAGCUCUAGGUAAUGAUUUGCCAAUGGUGGAGGAGGGACAAAGAGACCCCGAGUUUGAAGCCAUCCUUGAUUUAGUAGACCCCAACAGAGAUGGAUUCGUUUCGUUGCAAGAGUAUAUGGCAUUCAUGAUCAGCAGGGAAACUGAAAAUGUGCAAUCAGCCCAUGAGGUUGAAGCUGCUUUCAGGGCUCUAACUACGGGAGACAAGCCAUACAUUACUUCCAAUGAAUUGUUUGCUAAUUUAACAAAAGAACAAGCUGAGUUCUGUAGGUCUCGAAUGAAGCCAUAUAAAGAUUCAACUGGAAGGCAAAUUCCCGAUACUUACGAUUAUAUAUCCUUCACGAAGGAUCUUUUCAUCAAUUAA